AUGGGAUAUCCCUUUGGAGUCAAUGAACGGAUAUCCUAUCAGACAUUCAAAAGCAAAAGUGGCUCUAGAGGCACAGUUGAUGCACCUAUCGGAGCUACCGUGGCUGGUCUUUCAACGGAAACGCAGUGUCUAAAGCUAGAAAACUAUUCCUACUCAGAAAUUACACAGGAUGUCAACAAAUUAUCUCUGUAUUCUGUUCGAGACCUGGAGCUACAUUUCAAUAGCUGCGAGGAGCCACUAUCGAUACCUGGAUUCCAGGAUACGACCAUAUAUUACGGCGACACUACUGGAAACUUUUCUCAUUGGGGAAGCCAUUCUGCUUUGAUCAAACCAACAUCAUGUGCAGGACUAUCUCAUGAAUUUAAAUACUCUUUAUAUUAUGCGGCUCGCUUUGAAAGACCCACCAUCAAUUCUUCGUCGUUGGACUUUGAUCUUGCAGCAGUCUUUUGCUCUUCUGGCUUGUGGGUCUCAAGAGUCAAGGUCACCGACAACGGUACGAUGCCGCUAGUUGAAGUAUUACCGGACGAGAACAGAUACCCAAUCACCGCAAACCUUUGGGAUCUUAUCGGUAAUUCCGUACCUUUUGGUUUUAAUUGGAACCGAUCGAACAUCAAUCGGGUGUCGGGUCCAGUUGACACUGCCUAUAGCUUUUUCGGCAACUCCUCAAGAAUGGGCGUAGACUCAUCGGGCGCUUCUCUAUACACAAAUGAGGUGCUUUACCGAUCAGUCAUGGAUAUGUCUCGUAUUCUUGGCCCAUGGAUCGGACACUAUCGUCUUCGGCACAGCGAUGGCCAAUAUCUCAAUGCAACCGGGGCCGUUUUCACAAAAGUGACCAAGCUGAUGGUCAACAAGUGGACUUGCUUAUCCAUGACGACGAUUUUUGGACUGGCAAUGAUCAUGGUGGCUCUUGUACUUCUCUUCUUCGAAAACAUGACUAUGAUUUGGUACCGAGAUCUUCUCACAGUCAUUGGAAACAUGAUUUUUCUCCAACAUCAAAGAAGAUCUUCGGACGGAGGAUCAAAAGAUAGCCCUAGACUCAAAGACAAAGCGAUCGAAUGGGGCAACUGCGACUUUACACCACUUGUGUUGAAAGUUUGGGCACGGGCAUCCAUAAUUUCUCUCAUCGUUGUCGUCACAACGGGCCUCUCUUAUUCUCUGAAGACAUCGAUGGAGUACCAGGGAAUCGCAACAGUGAGUGAAGAGGCGAAUCAUGCGUAUCUAUUGUGGACUUCUGUCCCGACACUUUUGAUGCUCAGCAUUGCAUUAUAUAUCAACUCUUUCGACUCUACAUACCGAGGUCUGGCCACACUAUCCGCUCUUGCUACCAAAUCGUGUAGGGUCACAGCAAUGGAUAUGUCGUUCUCGAAUAUGUUAGGGCUACAAGUACUCUAUCACUCACUUCGAGCACAUAUUGGAACUGUCACCGUAACGCAGUUCUUAGCCAUUAUCUGUGGUCUGCUAACAACUCUGGCUUCGGUUGUUUUUACCGUCAAGACAAUCCCAGAGACGAGCACGAUCUCGUUACAACAGAAGACCUGGUUUGGGUCUGGAGAGAUAAGGAACGCUACAGAACUCAGCCGCAAGAGGCAGACUCUAAGCAGCCUCGUUCUUCGUCAGGGUGACGGACUUCUCACAUACCCCAAAAACACGUACGAUACUCUUGUCUUUCCAACAUUUGGCACCAGCGAUGGAUUAGACCCUUCGCAGAAUAUUUCAAUCAAGGCCAACAUGUCAGUUGCGAUGCUGAAGCCUAACUGCUGGAUAGUGCCUCCAGAUGUUUAUAACCUGACAAAACUGGAGCGGAUCGACUCCUCCGACGGUUACUUCACAGUUCAGCCCCAGAUCACCGAAAGCUUUACUUGCCCUAAUGGGAGUCAAGCUCAACUCUCCCAAACCAUCGCUUUCGUCCUUGGCGAAAGAAAGUCCGACUACGUAUACUUGGCAACAGGAUUAGACGCUCCAGAGGACCUACGCAUCGUGAAUAGGUCUUGCGGCUUGAGUCUCCGCGAUACCGAUAUCAUCCCGGCUUCAACCAAAUUCAUGACCUACGCCCUGGGAAAAUAUUCCCAAGAACAAGAAAAAUUCUCACAUCUCUCUAUCACAAGAUGUCAGUAUUCCUGGGUUGAGUUGCCCACCGAAGCCAAUUUCACCUUUCGCCAUGGGGAGUUUGUCUUGAAUCCAGGGGAUUUACCACGACCGGAUGAGUCUCGAGCUCAGCCCUGGGGCAUGCCUUUCAACAUACCAGACAUCCAUGAUGCACUCCCAGAAGUAAUGGCGAGUGACUCUUACGCAGGGUACUUCGACUCCUGGUUUAGAAUACUGUCUGCCCCAUUUGGCCGAUUUUCUUUGGAUGCAUUCGGGGACCCAAAUUUCGAAGAAGAAAUCCUUAAAGACAUACACCACCUAUAUGGGUUCCUUGCGGCUCAAAUAGUUAACUUCGAGAAUCGCCUUGACAUCACCCAGAAUUCGAAAGACAGCCCUCCGCCAACCCCUUUCAAUCUGACUGCCAACGUUAUCAACCUCAGUCGUCGCCGCCUUGUCCAGGAUCCGAUAGUGACCUACGUAAUCAUAGGGAUCUUGACUUUGACGGCACUUCUGAGUCUAUUGGUGUUGAUCACUGAUUCGCUCGGCACGACCUCGUCGAAAUCGCAACCAUUCAGCAUGAGAAUCGAGGGCCUUGCACCAGAUGGAUACAACAGCAUAGCCGCAAUGACCGCUCUCCUCAAAGACUCAAACGCAAUGGACCACCUCCCCGAAGGCGCCGAGCACAUGUCAAAGAAGGAACUCCACGAAAAGCUCUCCGGUCUCCGGUUCCGAAUGGGUUGGUUCUGGCGCGAGAGUACACAGACGCGGCACUAUACCAUUGGCGUCUUGGAUGAUGAGAACUUUGAGUUCCUGGGAAACAAGGAUGACAUUGCGAGGGAGGAUGCGUUGUUGAGGUAUCCUCCUGAAUGA